CCUAUUGAAACGACGUAGCCUAGAUCCUACUUGUCAAUGUAGUUUGCGGAAUUUCGUAGUUACCAGAAUGUCGGUUGCGAGCGUCCACCUGGAAGCAGACGCGUACCUCGUGUGUCUAACUCACGCCCUGUCCACAGAGCGAGAAGAAGUGAUGGGAUUGUUGAUUGGAGAGGUGGAUGAGAAGAGAGUGUCGAGGAUUUCUGCUGUGAUUAUUCUCCGACGGUCGGACAAGCAAGCGGAUCGGGUGGAAAUUUCCCCGGAACAGCUGUCGGAUGCUUCCACCAAAGCUGAGCAACUGGCUCAUCAGCUGCAGCGGCCGAUGCGGGUGCUGGGAUGGUAUCACUCUCACCCUCACAUCACUGUGUGGCCCUCACACGUUGAUGUCCGAACGCAGGCCAUGUAUCAGAUGAUGGAUACCGGCUUUAUCGGGCUGAUUUUCUCUGUCUUUAACGAAGACAAAAACACAAAGGUAAACCGAGUUCAGUUGACGUGUUUCCAGUCGGUGGAGGUGACCUCGCACUACGGGUCAACAGACUAUGAGAGAGUGGAGGUGCCUGUUCACAUAGCUCCGAGUACGGCCAUUAGCCGGGCAUGUCUGGAAUCCAUCAUUAAACUUCCCAGAAUUCUUAGUCAGGAGGAAGAGGAUGCUUACGAACAAACGACUCAAAACAGCCUUGACCUCAUCACUCAGAUCCAUAAUGCAUCAGUGUUCACCAAGUCGGAGUGUCACAUCAUGGAGGUGAUGGGCGGCCCGCUUCUCCAGUCUCUGGAAAACAGACUGGCAGUGAACAGCGUGAAAAUCGCACAACUCCACAAACAGAAGGAGUUGCUGGUCGAGAAACUCAAACAUUUCUAGCGUGUGAAGGCGUGAAUUUUGAAACACAGUAACAUGUUGAUGCAAGACUCACGAUGAUGGCUGUUUUAAUUGACUGCAGGUGUCUUACAGAUAUGGAACAAGAUAUUGUGACAAAACUAAAUCACUGGCCUUUGUGGUGUAAGUAGAACUGGGUGGUAUUGACAUUUUAGGUUCGGUAUCAAUAUUUUUGGGGUGAUUUACCUCUGUAUCAGUACAGUAUUCGGUAUUGAUACAAUACUAAUACCGAUAAUGAUAAUGAGCGGUAUUUUCAUUAUACUCAGAUUUAAAUGCAUGUCCAAGUUAAGUCCCACCGACUAAUUUCAUCUAAAUAAUAAUUUUGAGAUUUUCUUGGGACAGUAAAUUGAUAUUGACACGAUACUGAUACCGAACGGUAUAUGCAGUAUUCCACCCAGCUCUAGGUGUAAGUGAUUUAACCAUCAGAGUUAAGGCUGGUGGGUACUGAGUUCGCAUCCUGGUACAGGUGCAGAUCCAAGGGGAGGGUGCCCGGUGUGCACCCACCCUUGAAUUUUAAAUUGCCCUGAACAAUCCAGUGUUUUGGGGGAUGAAAUGCAUGUUAGUGUACUUUUGAUUAUUGUCGAUGUCCUUUUUAAACAUUGCAUCCCUCCCUGGAUACACUGCUGUAGAAGGCAAUUUGAACUGUAUCCACCCCUGCACCCAGAACAAGUUUUAAUCACGCAUUGGGUGCACGUAGGCUACUACACCAACUUUUUCUCAUCAGGCAGGAGGGGGGGGG